AUGUCUAACAGUUCCUUGACCCCGCUCGAGUUCGCCCUCCUGGUCUGCAGCGCUGCCCUCUCGAUUGAGCCUCUGAGGUUUCUUACUACCUUUUCGACCAUCAUCACCAGCUACAUCAUCGCCCAUGUGUGUCUCAGUGCGCUGACACCCGCGCCUACUACUGUUACUCCUGCUCCUGCUGCUCCUGCUCCCGUCCCUGCUCCUGCUCCUGUUCCGGCUCCUGCUCUUACUCCUACUCCCGCUCCCGCUUGUGCUCCCACUCGUCCUCGUCCUCCUGCUCCUGUUCUUCCUCCUACUCCUGCUCGUACUCCUACUCCCGAUCCUGCUCCUACGAUGGAGUCCAAAGCGACGGACCUCUUGGCCGUCCUGAAGAACGCCAAUCUCUCGAUCGAUUCCAAAGUCGCAUCUCUCACGAGUAUCAAAUCCGACAUCAAACAAAAGAAUGUCCCCGAAGGAGCCAUAGCACCAAUCUUUGAAAGUCUGCGCCUGGCCAUCGGCGCACAGCAUUCGUCUCUCUCUGCCGCUGGCUUUUCCGCCCUCGGCCACCUUCUUAAGCGGCUUUACAUUCAAGAACACCACCAUGCUGUUUCUGUCCACGCGCGCCAGCUCUAUUCACUGUUGCUAGAGCGUCUGGGAGACCACAAGGAGCGUGUUCGCUCCCAGGCCGCACAGGCCUUUACCGACCUCUGGCCAGCCUCUUCGGCAGAAGUCGAGCAUCAUGUUCUGGAAGUGGCCUUAGUGGGCAAGAACCCGCGAGCCAAAGAGAUGAGCAUGCUUUGGCUGUCUAAUAUGACUAAAGAACACGGUCUUCUCUUCCGUGCGUAUGUGCCUAGUCUGGUCGCAUGUCUCGAAGAUGCCGACAGCGGCGUUCGGGAGACGGCCAAGUCAACUGUCAUUGAGCUAUUCCAAAAUGCCCCGUCGCGAGCGAAAUCCGAUCUCAAGAAACAACUUGCCCUCCAUAAUGUGAGGAAGUCCAUUGCUACCGUUAUUCUUUCCAGUCUUGGUCUUGCCGACCAUGAUAUGUCAUCGACGCUGUCCAGCUCUCGAUCAGAGACCCGUCGCCCGGCGAGCAGCCUCUCUCACCACCGCGUUCGGGAUGAUCCCCCUCGUCCCAAUUCUGUCCUUUCCUCGCGCUCGCAAGGUCAUGGUGAAGGAAAAGAUGACUCUGAACAGCCAAAACGACCAGGAACGUCCAAGGGCGAACCAGGACACCCUGGCGGGCUGUCUCACAGUGACAGUGUCGACUCUCUCGCCGCUACUGCUGCUGAAACGGCAGAAGGUGAGAAGAUCGAACCUUUAUAUGUGAACUCGAACCGUGAGAUCGACGAGAUGGUGCGAAACAUGCUCCCCCAUUUCGAAGGAAGGGAGACGGAGCAGAACUGGAUUCACCGUGACAAGUCAAUCUUGACCCUGCGGAGACUCACCCGCGGCAAUGCACCCCAGGAAUACUCGCAGCAUUAUAUCGCUGGGAUUAAGAGUCUGCUUGAUGGUAUCCUGAAAGUUGUCAACUCUUUGCGAACUACCCUCUCCACCAGUGGCUGUCUCUUGAUCCAGGACAUAGCCAGAACCUGUGGACCGGCGAUCGAUAAUAUGGUGGAAAUCCUUAUGCAGAAUCUGAUCAAACUCUGCGCUGGAAUGAAGAAGAUCAGUGCUCAGAAUGGCAAUGUCACCGUCGAUGUUGUCAUUGGAAACGUCACCUACACUCCGCGUAUUAUGCAACACCUCUGGUUCGCCUGUCAGGAUAAGAAUGUCCAACCACGUCUUUAUGUUACCGGCUGGCUGAAAACAUUGAUCAAGAAGCAAGCGCGACACAAGAGCGCUGUAGAGCACGGCGGAGGGCUCGAAUUGCUUGAAAAAUGUAUCAAAAAGGGACUCUCCGAUGCCAACCCUGGCGUUCGAGAGGGCAUGCGCGGCACGUUCUGGACCUUCCACCAGGUUUGGCCAGAUCGAGCUGCUGAAAUCAUGUCUAGCCUCGACAGUAAAUCCAAAGCGCUGCUAGAAAAGGACCCGGCCAAUCCUAACGCGAAUUCCUCCGUCGAUGACGCCGCGCGGCCGCGAUCAGGGUUCUCCAACAGCGUGUCCGCAACGACCGCUCGUCAGACCCUCAAGGAAACUAUUGCAGCUCAGAAGAAGCAGCUGGCGGCGACGAACGAUCUCCCCCCUCGCCCUGAAUCUGCCCAGUCCUCGUUUGCGGACAGCAAACCAACACGUCCGGCCGCUCAUCGUACUCCAGCAUCAAAGACCACGUCCAGCGUUCGUACUGUCCCAACUGGCGCCCAUCUUUCAUCUCUAUCCUCUGCUCCGAUGCGGCCGGCAAUCAAACCUCGCCGACCGGAGAUGGCUCGGCCGGCGACGGCGGAUCCAUAUGCGGAUCGAAGACCACCGAGCGCUGCUUCGCACAAUAAGACUCUGAGCCCCGAUAGUAGUCCUGCAAAGGCGAAACCUAAAGCGGCUGCAACACCUGGUGUGAAAUCAUCCAGCCCUACACGGCCGAAGUCGAGACUGGAUGCGGCACCAGUGAGCGCAGCCAAGAGUAAGCCAAAGAGACUUGAUAUUUCCAGCCUGAAAGGUAGUGAGGCGCGUACCCCUUCGAACCGUCUCCGCAGCAACUCCAGUGACGUUCCACGACCGAACCACCAUACCGAGGACGACUUCAGCAUGGCUGUGCCUCCUCAGGUAGAUGUUCCGGAAAUCGAUCUUACUUCUGGAGAGGACGCCGGUGUUCCUACCGAAGCUGCCCCGGUAGCUCACCAGGAUGCCACUGUGGCUGCCCCUGAUAUGUCAGUGGAGGUUCCAUUACCAGACAAACAGAGCACACCCGUCCGCCAUGCACGACUCAGCAGUGGCGGCUCCGCGUCCCGGAUCCCAACCUCCACUCGCCGACAUUCACAAACGAAUAGCGAGGAAUCGAAGGUGGCAUCUCCCACCCUGCUUUCUCCCAACCGACGUCUUAACACCGACGAUCAGUCGUCCGCCAUGCCUAGUCCCAUUGCACGUCGAUCUAUCCCUCCUUCGGAGGAAGUCCCUAAUGGGGACAGCGUAAAAGUUUACGAAGACCCUGAGCCUCUCGCUUCAACCGAUGCGGGGAUUGCUAUGGGUGGAAGUCGGUCACCAAAUGCCAACUUUGCACCUGCAAAACCUGUCCUAGAAGAACUACCAGUGAAUGAACCAACGACACCGGGUCACCGGGACAACAAACCCCUGUCAGCCCCUGAUAGGACCCCUCUCAAUGCCCUCACUCCUGGAGGUGCGGAGAAUACUCAUCGUCGAUGGGGCAAGGUUGAGAAUGCUGAGAAUAAAAGAAAGAGCAUCAGUCCCAGGUCGAAAGACCCUGCAAAAGCAAGGGAAAUGAUUGACAAAGGGAUCACAAGGAUCAGGGCUAAAGCACUCGAUGUCCAUGGGUAUCGGAAGUUGCAAGGCCUGAUCAAGUAUCACGACUCUAUUUUUGCCGACGAAAGCAAGUAUGAUGAGAUGCUCUUGGCCCUCCUCGAUGCAUUGGAGGCUCCUGGCGAUGAGAAGAAGUCGAGAUCGCUGGAUCUCAAGACGCAGGUCCUUGUCACGAUCCGCCUCAUGUUCAACUAUAACCGAACAUAUUUCUCCGCUUACUAUCCCCGCGCCAUGACCGCUCUCGUCAACGCCCGAAAACAAUAUGAGCUCACCAAUCACAUCGUGAGCGGUCUGGAGGAAACGGCAGAAGAUAUCGUCGCGGCGUGUCGGCCGCCAGACGUGAUUGACGCGGUAUUAGACUUGAUUGAGACAGAAGAACAGGACGAUAAGGGUUACAGGGCCAUUACAAUGGGCAUCUACGUUCUAACCGGCUUGUUACGCCGGUUGAAUAAGAAUCGUGUCUACUUAAGCCGGCCUGAACUGGAGCGGCUUGGAAAGUUUGCCAAUAAAAGCCUCAUGCAGCCACAACCCGACGUUCGGCGCGCCAUUACGGAAUUUUGCGUUGAGUUGCAUGAGAUGGUGAAUGACGACGACGUAUUCUGGCGGAUGAUCAACUCUCCUGUGGGCGAUCACCGCAACCUCUUGACUUAUUUCAUUGCGAAGAAGAAGUCGACUCAAGCAGUUCGCUAG